AUGGGCAAAGGUCGGAGAUUAACGAUUAGUCGGAGCGAAAUGUUUCUCGGGAACCAUCAUCUGUCCGAUGACGGUCACGUGGACGGAGAAACUACCGUCGAUCUAGAGCUCAUGGAAGAGGAUGUCUGGUCAGUGGUCGAGCCUGACAAACCAACAGAAGAAAGCGCGUGGACCUCCCUCUCCCUCGAGCCGACCUGCGGUGAACGGAGACGGAAUGGAGGGCGCGUGAGUGGCCUGACCGAUGGACGGAGGAAGAGGCACGUGGCGACUUCUGCGCCAGUGCAAGUGCCUGACUGGAGCAAGAUCCUAAAGGUGGAAUCUGUCGAAUCAAUGCAUAAUAAUGACGUGGCGGAUGGUGAUUGGGAGAGUGAGAUGGUGCCGCCUCAUGAGUACGUGGCGCGUAGCCGUCACGGUGACGGUGGUUCGUCAGUGUUUUUGGGCGUGGGGAGGACGUUGAAAGGACGAGACAUGAGACGGGUCAGAGACGCCGUGUGGAGCCAAACCGGGUUUUAUGGUUAA